GCCUCACUGAGGGCGGGUGGGAGCCGCCGGCCGCACAGUGCCAGGGCCGGGCGGGGCCAUGGAGACGCCCCGCAGCCCCGGCCCGGCCGCGCUGUCGGAGGGGCUGGCGGGGCCCGGGGGACACUCCGUGGAGCCCCCGCGUCCGUCUCGCUGCCCCGGCGGAAGCGGCGGCGGCGCCUCCAGGCCUCGGUCUCGGCCGGGGGAGGCUGCGGCCGGCGGUGCCUGGCGCCGCCGCCCGGUCCCGCGGGCGCCUGGAGACCGACGCGCCCGGGGCAGUGGCAUGGCUGCCCCCCUCCCCCCCUUCCGGGGCGGCCUCCAGGGACUCCUGUAUGUCUCGAGAGACCCGCCGCUGUCACCGCGUCUCUGCUGCCUGGGCUGGGAGGGCCCCACAGGCACCAGCCGCCGGGGCUGGACGGGGACCCCGGUGCCCGCACCUGCUUCCAGGAGCUGUUGUCACUGCCGCUGUCCUCGGCUAAGCCCAGCCCCAGCAGGGGCAGCUGUGGGGCUCCCAGCUCGGCCCAGCCAGGAGAGCUGCGGCAGGAGGGGGCCGCUGUCGCCUGCUUUGGCCUGAAAGUUGGCCCUGGAGGCUCCUGAGGGAUCUGCUCGCAUUGGGGUGGCGUUAGUGGGGUGGGAGGCACCCCUGCGGCUUGGUCGCUGCUGCUGCUGCUGCUGCUGCUGCCCACCCCCCCAUCCGCCCUGGAAAUGCUGCACCCGCCCCUGGGCAAAGUGUGAGGUUUAUAAAUCACCAGUGAGGCAGAAUCUGCCGUCGCCCUUGGGAAACCAUUCCUGUUCCGCAGUUGCCUUCCCUGUAGCAAGCAUGGGGCCUUGUUUCUCACCUGAAUUGGUUGGGCAUCACUUUUCAGCCUCUGGAUCUUGACCUGUGUUUCAUUUCUAGACUGACGAGCCCAUUGUGGGAGCCUGGCUUCUUGUGUAGAGGCUUCACAGAUAGAGUUGCCCUGGAGCUUCCUCUGUCCCUUUGAUAACCUUAACUAGACUGAUUUCCUUGGUUCUUUAGCUGGAAGGCGUCUCUCCAGCCUUUUAGUUGUUCUUACGGUGCUUCUCCAAUUUUACCAACCUCCUCCUUGAACUGUGGACACCAGAGCUGGAUGCCAUGUUUCAGUGGUGGCCUCACCAAGUGCCAAAUACAGGGGAAAUAAAACCUCUUUACCCCCUGUGAGAUUCCUACGUGUAUACAUCCAAAAUUUACAUUAAGCGUUUUGACCACUGUCAUUCUUGGGGCUCGUGUUCAGUUGAUUGUUCAUCAUGACCUCCUUGUCUUUUUUCAGAGAUGCUCUUUCCCUGGAGAGAGAUUGCUGUGCUGAAACAUGGCCUAUGAUUUUGUUCCUAGGUGUAUUGCCUCUACCUUUGCCCAUGUAAAAACACGUAUUGUUUGCUGGCGUACAGCUUGCCGAGCGAACCCGAUCUCUAUGCCUGUGACCUGUCCUAUCGAUCAUUACCUCUUCCAGUCCUUGCUUCAUCUGCAAAUUCUUGUCAGCCAUGAGUUUGUUUUCUUCCAGAUCACUGAAUUAAAAUGUUAAAUAGGAUAGGACUAAGAACCGAUCUUUGCAGGAUCCCACUUGAAACACACAUUGUUGAUUAUUCCUAUUUACAGUUUUAUUUUUGAGACCUGUUACUUGGCCAGUGUUUAAUUUAUUUGAUAUGUGCCAUAUGAAUGUGUUUUAGUUUCUUAAUUAAAUGUCACAUAGCACUAAGUCAAAUGCCAUACAGAUGUCUGUGUUACAGCUUCAAUAUUACUUCACCAAACAGGUUUAAUCUAAAAAAAAGUUAUCAAAUUAGUUUGAUGGGAUCUUUUCCAUGAACCAACAUUGUUUGGCAUUAAUUAUAUUUCCCUCCUUUAGUGCUUCAUUAAUCAAACUUCAUAUCAACUAUCCCACUGUUUUGCUCAGGAUCAGUGCCCAUGAUGACCCUAUAACUACCUGGGUUGCCUCCUUUACCCUUAGCUGUCUUCCAGUUCUCUGGAACUUCCUCAGGAGUCUAAGAUGUGUUGAAAAUCAGUGUUAAUGGUCCAGGAGCUGCUGGGUGCUGGAAAGUAUGGGAAACCUGGCUACUUAACUAGGUGGCUGAAUGGCAUCUGAACUCUUCAAAAUUUGACCUGAUCCUUCUUUGAAAUAUAACAUAUUGCAGUUAGCAAAUACAAAACCUUUUUAGCAGGAUAAAUUACACAGAACCCCAUUACUUCAGCUCCAAGUAAGAUCUGAGAGGAAGCUAGGACAUUUUCAGCUUUUAUCUUUGUGAAUUAUUUAUUGUAUCGGUCUUUAAAAGUUAAUAGGUUAUAAGUCUGACACAAAAUCCCAUCCUCCUCUUAACUGACUUUAUGCACUUGUAUUGCUCUCUUCAUAAAUUCACUGAGGUCAGGCCUUAAACUUUUGAGGCCUGAUACGUACCUUGACUGAAUACCUAUAGCUGUUGCUGGUACCAGAGGAAACAGGUUGGGUGGGAGGGGGAACACGGGACGGGCUCUUGGCCUCAAAAAAAUCAGGUUCCUAAACAGUUAACUGUCUUCAGAAAAUGUACAGAUUAUGUAAUGGAAUGAAUAAUGAUCAAAUGAUCCAGUAAUAUGCAAAGUUCAGGCUGGAUCAUGAUUCUCUCUACAAUUUGGAACAAUAUAGGAGCUAACUGAUACCAGGUAGAAAAUAAACAAUGGUGCCAAUAUGAUGAUAAGUAAUGUUACGUCUCCUUUUAGCUUUUGUUACCUCCAGGCUAUUUUAUUGGUUUCUUAAUUAGCAAAACUAAUUUUUAUUGUUUUUUCCCUUCUAACUUAUUUUUACGCUUUUGGGUGCAAAGCUCUUUUUCAAGACAUGUCCAUAUUUCUCUCGUGUUUCCUUUAAUUUUUAGAGAGCCAUUUCUCCAAGACCAAAGCUGGCAUAACUGGGCAUCUAUAUGGCAGUCUCAGAUGAGAGGGCAAGGUCAGAGUGGGUUAUGAAAGAACUCACUAGUAGAGUUCAGGACAGGAUUGGGAAACUUGGCUAGGAUGGGAAGUAGAACCUUGGACAGCUGCUGCUCGUCCUGCAGUACUUGCUGUGCUUAAAUAAGAUAGCUUAUAUUAUUUGUCUGAUACCCUUCACCAUCUUCACCAAGAUGCAUACUAUAUAUAUAACAUUUCUGAUUUUCCUGUGCUGUGAUCUGGUUAGAUCCUGCUCAAAGGGACUGAGCCAGGGUAAUACUUAAGUGGGAGCCAUCCAAGGAAAACCUAGCUGCUGUAGGUUGGUAUUGGCAAUUCAGAAGGUGGAACUUUUCCCUCUGAGUCAGUGCUGAAUUGGUACUGUGUUGUUGGGAACCCCUGUGAUAGAAGGGCUUGUCUUUUGAACGGGAUAUGAAAGCAAGUUCUUGAGCACUUCUGGUCACAAGGGGGCCCAUGGAGCUUUUCAAAAAGUAGGGUAGUAUACUGGCCAAACUCCAGCUCUGGUAAUUACAUUCUGCCAAUUUGUAUUGUGCCAUUGUGCUACAUUUCGCCGUUGGACAAAGCGAUCCCUACACAUUUUGUUUUUUUACCAGUUGGAUCCCAAGACGUUUUACAAGCUUCAUCACAGUGAAUGGUGCUAUAGAAAUAUCACCUUUUCCUUUGCAGAUCAUUCCUAGCAGCCACAUGUUUUUAAUGAAUUCACUGUUGCAUUCUUCCUGGGUGCCAACUCUCUGAUUGCUGGGUCUGUCAUUUGAAUAUUUCUGGCGUAUAGGAUACAAUGGAAGUGUAUUUUCCCUUUAUGUGACAUUGAAAUCAUUUACAGUAUUUUUUUUCCCUCCCUGACCUCUCCUACUCUUUAUCUUGUACCUUGAUUUUAUUACUCGUAUGCCACACUUGCUUUGUAACUCCACAAGUUUUCUGGAGAAGAUUAUUGUAUUUCACUGGACUAGGAACAUUGUUUCAGGUCCCUAUUUGGAAGACCUUAUAUUAACUAGUGUUUAAACAACCUCUACUUUAAAUGUAGACAAAGACUACCUUUUGUCUUCAUCCUGGGUCAUUUUGAUCAUGUGUUCUGUGUUUUCUAAAGUAUCUAGAUCAAUUCUAAAAGAUUUUUUGCCUUUAAUUUUAUAACCAUUUAGCAUUCAACCAAUCCUCAAUGCACAGAUAGUAUAUAUUUACUCACAUAAUAGCUGUUCUUUCCCCCAAUAUUUUGCCGCCAAAACUAGGGUAAAGUCAUUAGAACAAGCCUGAGGAGGUAUUGGUACUAAAUGAAAGUUGUAAUUCUGUGCUCAAAUAUCCAUCUGUCCAUCCUCAUCUUGCACGAUCUGACCCGUGGAGCGGAACUAAUAUACCACGUGAUGUCAGUUUCUCACUUAAUUCUUCAACAAAUACUAUCUUUUCAGAGAAAUGCCUUUUGAAUCUGUUUCUUUAGAAAUGUGGGUGCAGCCACCACAGAAGGGUAUGCUCUUUUUCAGAUGGGGGGAAAAAACUGACCGUGACACAAAUGCAGUUCUCACAUGAGUAAAUAGAGUAAACUGUCACUCACAACCUAACAGGAAAAGUCACUUAAGGAUUUAGAAUUCCUUUGCCCUUACUGAGAUCAAAGACCUGUAAUUAGAGGCUGAGAGCUGACAUAUACAAAGCAGUAAAAGCAAUUGAUAAGAAGCUUGCAUGUGAAUGGAAAAUUAUUACAGCCUUUAAAAGAGAUUAGCUGAGGGAACAAAACGGAGCGCCACAAGGAUCAAAUAUGACAAAAUCAAACUUGUAGAGUCUUAUCUCAGCAACGGACUUUAUUUUGGGGAUAACUUGAUUCUAAGUUAAUUUCAUCUGUUGAUUUUUUUCCCCACGUUGCUUUUAGGAGCUAGAGCAGUGAUUCUCAACCAGGGCACUGGGGCUGCCUUUAGAUCUUUUCAAGGUUGUUGCAGGCUGUCACACGAUGUUAGCAUUGCUAGGUGUGCAGAUAUAAUUCACAAGAUUAACCUGGAGAUUUCAAAGAAGAAUCCAUAGUGUUAAAAACAUUUCUGAUCUGCUAUGGUCUUUUUGAGUUCUUUACAACUGAAUUGCUCUAUUUAUUUCCGUAGUUGAAAAAUGAGUAAAAACAGCUGGCAUUUUUCAAGGGGUGCCUUGAGUCUUAAGAGGUUAAGAACCACUGAGCUAGAGCAUAAUUGGCCCCUGAAGUCUUGUUUUAAGGCACUUUUAUAAAUAACCUUCUUUUUUUAACAGAUUGUAUCUUAAUGAGAACUAUUAAUGGAAUAAGCAAAGCAGUUCCUGAGGAAUUUUACUGGUGUUUGUAUUAUACCCCUUGUCCUAAUGGAUCCCCAAGUGCCUUACAAAUAGCAUAUAGCAUGUCUACCCCAAAGUGCUAGCUUCUUGCAGUGGCAUAGUGGGAGAUAUUGCAGCACAUAGCAACUCAUUUCUAAGCCAGACGCCCCAUGGCAGUGCUGCUGAGCCCAGGGAGCUUUCAGGCCUAACAUUUGCUCCAUGAAUUUAUUCAGAGUUGAGGUUGAGGAGACCAUGCAUGUGCCCUGCGUGUUGAUGCAUGUCUAGCAGCAGCAUCAUAACACAAGUGAGGGAAUGGCAGAAGGAGGGGAUGCCGGUGCUCCGCCCAUCCGUCUGUGGGUGCGACGGGUAGGCGUUUACUGCGAUGAACGCCGAAAAACAUGGCUUGUGGCUGUGGCAGAGGAAGAGGGUACGCUGAGGGCCCGGAUCCGAAGAGUUCAGGUUCCCCUGGGUGAGGCGCUGCGGCCCAGCCAGCUCCCCCCAUCCCAGCUGCCUCAUAUGUGGCAGCUGUCCCUGAGUGAGCAGUACAGGGAUAGUAACUCUCGCGUUUGGGAGAUAGAGCACCAUCUAAUGAUUGGGGGAGUUGAAGAGCUGCUGCUUAGACUUAUGCCUGGUGAUUAAUCUGGAGUGGUUACUCUAGGAAGAUGCCCUUGUAUGUUUUAUACAAUAUAUGGUUCUCCCACCACUGAACUGCAGCCACCUCUGAGGUGGAAGCUGUUUAACAACAGACAGCAACAGCACACAAGAUCUUAGAACAGGCAGUGAAGAAGAAGAUUGUGGAACUACAGGGGGAGCUUUAGCCAACAACUAUAUGGCGUCUAAAUGCGAGGCUGUGCUCCACGAGAUGCGAAGGUGCUGCGCCCGGUACCCCAAAGGCAGAUCCAUC